GCCAGUGCCAGAGAGGGAGCCUGCAGCAGGGAGAGGCAGGGAAGGACCGCUCAUCCCCCGGGUACCGCAGCCAUCCAGCCAGAGGGGCAGCGAAACCCAUCCCCAGGGAAGAGGGCUCUGCACAGGGCAGGGACCCAGUGGGUUCUGAGCCAAGCCUGCAGCCCCUGUGUCAUCCUCCUCCUUCUCCUCCUCCUCCUCCAGCUGCACGCUGACAGACCAUGCCAGGCCUCUAUGCUCUCUCCUCCUGGGAGGCUCUACCCCUGAAGAGCUCCACGGUGAAGGCUUGUGCCAACGGAUACUCCUUGAGCAUCACUGCUCACCUCAAGUACACCAACCCCCACGAGGAGCCUGUGGAAGGCAUCUUCAUCUACCCCCUGGAGGAGUCGGAGGUGGUGGCUGGCUUUGAGGCAGCAGUGGGCAGCCGGCGGGUGACAUUCCAGGUGCAGAACCGGCACCGGGCGCAGGACUGCUGCCUCCAGUGCAGCCCCAGCCCCGGCCGGCCGUGCCGCUGUGCCAGUGGCCACAUUGUCCUGGAUGAAGAUGCAGAGCGUUCCACCUUCAUCAUCGUCACGGGCACGCUGUGCCCAUCGGAGAGCCUGGCUGUCACCCUGAGCACGGCGCAGGAGCUGCCCACGCUGCCGGACGGGGCCCUGCGCCUCCUCCUGCCCCCCGUGCUCACGCCCCGCGUCCCCUCCGACCCCGAGAGCGAGCCGGCAAGCUUGUGUGACGACAGGUUGGCCCUAUGCCCCACCAGCUGUUUCGGGGGGCCAGGUGCCCGGAGCCAAACACCCACCAUGGCACCUGUGGAGAGCAUGGAUGUCUUUCGGGGACGACCCUGCAACCCUUUUCCUUAUGAAUUUGCCUUCGAGCUGCUGGUGAAGGGCCCCUGCUUGCUGGCAGGGCUGGAGAGCCCAUCCCAUGCCCUGAGAGCUGAUGCGGACCCUUGGGCCAGUUCUGCCACCACCACCUGCGUCACCCUGGCUGAGCCCCACCGCUACGACAGCGACCUGGAGAUCAUCCUCUACCCUUGUGAGCCCCACCAACCCCACCUGGUGAUUGAAGAUGGCACCAUGACAUACCCCGAGUAUGAGGCCCACAUCCGGAGCCGCCGGGAUUAUGUGCGGAUUGCCAGGAAGGACAGCAGUGGCGAGAGACAGGUGGCUUUUGUGCAGAGGCGUUUCCACAAAGACAUCUUCCCCAACCCUGUGCUGAUGCUGAACUUCUGCCCAGCGGUGGAGGGCAUCCCUGGGGACCUGCAGAGUGUCACCCGUGAGAUCCUCUUCCUCAUCGACCACAGCAGCUCCACAAGCAGCCCAGACCUUGAAAAGGUCAAGGAGGCUUUGCUGGUGGCCUUGAAGAGCCUCCCAUCAGGGACCCUGCUCAACAUUGCCAGCUUUGGUGCCAAUGUCAAGCCACUCUUCCCAUCCAGUCGCCUCUGCAGCAACGAGACCCUGCGCUGUGCCUGUGAGCACCUUGGUGGGCUGCGGGUAGACUCCAGCAACACCAACCUGCUGGCAGCCCUGGGCUGGGCGUUGGCACAGCCCCUCCACCACGGAUACCCCCGCCAGCUCUUCCUCUUCACUGGCACAGCUGUGGGCAAUGCAGGCAGGAUCCUCCGGCUGGUGCGCAGGCAGGCCAGCACCGUCAGGUGCUUCAGCUUUGGCAUGGGCCCGCGGGCUUGCCGGCGGCUGCUGAAGGGCAUGGCCAGGGUGAGCCGGGGCCGUGCUGAGUUCCUGAGCCCGGCCGAGAGGCUGCAGCCCAAGCUGAUCAAGUCCCUGAAGAAGGCGAUCGAGCCGGCCGUCAGCGACAUCACCAUCGACUGGUACGUCCCCGACAGCAUGGAGGCUCUGCUCUCCCCCACCGAGCUCCCAGCUCUCUACCCUGGCGACUGCCUCAUCAGCUACUGCGUCCUCUACAGCAUCGCCCGCUUUGGCAACAGGCACCCCCCGGGCCGGGAAGGGGCUCGCCGAUGUUCCCGGGGCUCAGCCUUUCCCUCCCAGGAGGAGGUGCCCAGUCCUGGGGAGAGCCACCAGCCACGCCAGAGCAACCCAGGAUCUGGGGAUGCCUCCCUGGAGCUUUUUGCUGGGAGUACGGAGGUGUCAGAGCGGAGUAUCGAUCCCAUAUCGGGGGGAGACAUCUGGAAGCGGAUUUACCAACCCUCCUACAUCCAGGAGCAGUAUGUCUUGACACACUGUUCUGUCAGCACUGACCACAGCCGGGGGCUGCUCUCCCGCAGCUCCACCAGCAGUGAGUCCACUGGCUCUCGGGAUGUAGCCCCUGAGGGAGGCUCUUUGGCCCCUGGUGCCGAUGUCACCUCCCAGCAGGGCCAGAAGAGUCUGUCCCUCUGUGAAUCCUCCACCAAAUCUGCCCCACUGCCCUCCGCCCCAGCUGGCACCAAGGUGACGGUGGCCCUGAGCACAGAGGAGCUGGCACGACAGAAGAAGGUGCUGGCACGUGGUGCCUUGGCUGGACGCAGCUUUUCCACACCGCACGGAGAGCUGGACACCCACCGGCUGUGCCGGGCCCUGGAGAAGGUGUCGCAGAAGAGGAACCAGUCCCUGCAGGGGCAGCUGGAUGAGCUUGGACCCCAAGCACGGCAAAUGCAGCCCAACACAGUGGAGUCAAAUAACCUCCUCUCGCCCACACCCCUGGACUGGGACAUGCUGCUGGAGCCCUCCUACCUCUUCAGCACCUCACCAGCACCUGAGCCGAGGCAGCCCAGCCUGGGUGAUGCCAGCCUGCCCCUGCGCUGCCAGGUGGUGAUCCACGCCCUGCGAGCUGGCAAGCCUGUGUCCUGGGAAGUGACAGCCUCACUGGAGUCACUGCUGCAGCCCCAAGAGGGGCUGGGCAGGGAGGACCCACCGCGCCGGGGGGCCAAGGCCUGGGACAAGCCGCUGCACCGCCUGGCAGCGCGCUCCAUCAUCCGGGACAAUGAGAGCGCGGCACAGCGGGAAGCUGAGCUGGAGCAGGGUUUUGCCCGCCGGUUUCGCCUGAAAGCCGUGCAAACCAGCAAAGCCUGCAAUGUGCCUUCCCUCUACACCCGCCUGGUGCCUGUGGACAGUGCCACACAGGCAGCACUGCCUGCAGCCCCCGAGGUGUGGAGCACAGCUGGCUCAGCCAGCCGGACACGAGCUGCUGCGGCAGGGAACUGGCACCACCGCAGCUCCUCAGCUGGGCAGGGCCAGCACCAGCAUGCAGAAGAGCAGGAUGAGGCCCCUGGCACUGCAGAGCAAGACGAGACCCCCAGGACUCCAGCCAGCAUCUCCUCCCCCACCUACGGCUGGGAAAAGCAGAACUGCUCAAACGGUGUGUCCAGGCUGGCAGGGACCAAGGGAUGGAUGAGGGGGGGACACAGGGGGCACUCUGACACCCUACUGCUGGCAGCUGAGAGCUGGAGCAUCCACUGUGCCCUCUCCACCCUGGGCACACAGGCUGAGCCACUGUACCAGGUGGCGGGGAAUGGGAUGCACCUCUGCGUGCAUCAUGUUCCCGCUGUGCUCAGCUCUUCCCCCUUGCAGGGCCUCCAUCCAGCCCCUCCACCACCUCCAUGGGCUCCCAGAAAUCCACAGAGAGCAUCGCUGGCUCCAGGUGACGCUGUGGGAUGGGGGGAUGCAAGGGACCAAAAAAUGGCAUGUUGUGGGGAGAGGGGAACAAUACCACUUUUUGGGUGCUGCUGGUCCAAUGUCCUCUGCCAGCUCCUGCAGCAUAAGUGGGGGAUUUGGGGCUCCAGCCCCUUCCCUGCAGCAGGCUGGGGUCCAGCUGCCCUUUGGGAACUUCCCCCCGCCCUGUUACAUUGCCUGUUGCCCCACAGGUUUAGCCUGAGCAGGCGCAGGGGUCCCAGCCUGGCGCUGCGCCCGCAGUGCCUCAGCCCGGAAAGCGAGUGCUCCAGCAACCAUGUGAUCCAUGACUACCUCCCACUGGUGCAGCUGCAACAAGCCACGGGGCCAUUCCAGCUCACCGAGAGCUUCUCCGAAGUGGUGCAGAUCCCCCUGGACCGCCUGCGCCGGGCCUCCCCCUACGCCUCCCACCGUGCCAGCCUCAGCCCCGUGUCCCCAGGGGCCAGGAGCAGCCCCAAGGCAGGGUCCACUGGCGAGGAGGGCGAGGAGCCCACCACAGACCCACAGCCCAGCUCGCCCCCAUCCCGGAGCACUUGCUCCGAGGUGCCCAGCGCAGCCGUAUGGGCGCAGGCGGACAGCGGGCACGGCUCCGAGUCCGACACCUGCCCCCACUCAGCUGCCCCCUCCGAGGCUGGUGUGAGCUGUCAGGACAUGGCACCGGAGGACCUGGAGAGUGCCAGCUGGGCCACAGCAGUGGCCUUGGCGUGGCUGGAACAUCGCUGUGCUGGAUUCUUUGAGGAGUGGGAGCUGGUGGCGGCCAAGGCAGAUGCGUGGCUGCAGGCGCAGCAGCUGCCCGAGGGGGUGGACGUGGGCUGCCUCAAAGGGGCAGCCAGGCACUUGUUCCUGCUGCUGCGUCACUGGGAUGAGAACAUCAAGCUGAACAUGCUGUGCUACAACCCCAACAACGUCUGACAGCCACCCGCGGGGCCA